AUUUCUCGAGAUCGUUGGCGAUUUACAGAACGAAAAGGCACCAAGAUCGUUCUUAAAUUUUAUCCGAUAUCUGACGUAAUUCCUGCGCAUAUUCUGCGGUUUACGAAAUAAAAGUCUUUAGAUCUGGACGCCAUUGUAAAGAUAACGGUAUAUCUAUCUAUCAAUAAGUGUAACGUUGUGAAACAUAGUGGAACAUUGUUGAUCGUAAAAAAAAAUCGGUCAGUGUUAACCAGGACGACUAUAGAGUGAAGUGCAUAUUAGGAUAUUAUAUUUUUCGCUUGAUUGUUAAUUAGAAAACGACUGUUAUUCAAUGAGACAAAGCGGAUACCCUCAUUUCCUAUUUAAUCAGCCCAAUGAAUUUGAACAUUGUGAAAGUGUUGAGUGUCUAGAUCCUCAUCAUAAUAACAAUGUAACAAAACAUGGAAUAGAAUGUCGUAGUGUAACCUGGGCUUUAGACUACUCCUAUAUAGCCUGGUCAUCAGGUAACUGUACUGUUCAACUUAUACCAUGGAAUAGAGAACAACGAAAAAGCUGUGAUGAAGAGGAUAUAUGCCACUCUAAACAUGUCUUGGACUGUAAGGAGGCUGUUUGGUCAAUGGCGUUUGGGUCUGGAAGAUCUCAGAACAGUCGUACGUCUCGAUUCAAAUUUGAUCAGAAUAUGAUAUUAGCUACUGGAUUACAGAGUGGUAGGAUUAAAAUUUGGAAUUGCCGAACAGGGUUAUUUUUAAUGGUAUUAUUUGAUCAUAAGGACACAAUCUCAAGUUUACAUUUCGCUCCAGACUCAAGUAUGUCUUUAUUAUCGGCCAGUCAUGAUGGAACUCUGAAACUCUGGGAUUUAAACGAUGAUGGUAACAUGUUUCAAACUUUACGACCUCAGAAUAAACGUUUACAUGGUUGCCGUUGGUCACCUAAUACCAAAUACAUUGCUUCUGUUGGAGAUUUUAAAAGUGUUGUUAUAUGGAGGACCAGUGAUUUCAAAUUAUUACGUAAAUUACAAGGACAUUAUAACAAUGUAACUAGCUGUGAUUUCUCACCAGAUGGUGCUCUGUUAGCCACAGCAUCCUACGACACUCGUGUUAUUAUAUGGGAUUUCGAGACUGGAGAGAUACUCAGGGAAUUAGGACAUAUGUUUCCAGCCCCUCGUCCUAUAUAUGCUGGUGGUGCUAAUGAACAUUAUAUUAGACAUGUUGCCUUUUCUUGUGAUGGAACUCACCUUGCUUCAGUCUGUGAUGAUGGGUAUACUCGUGUAUGGAAUCUACAAGAAAGUGAAGAUCCAGAAAAAGUAGCAGUUAAUGAUAAUGCCUUAUGUUGUUCAUUUUCACCAGAUGGUACUUUGUUGUCUGUUGGAAAUAGGCAAGGUGUGGUAGAAGUAUUAUCCAGUCCAAGAAAAAUUGAACGUUUACAACAUUUAGCUCGUAGCACUGUACGAAAACAUUUACCUACCAUUAAGAUAGAUCAUCUUCAUUUACCAUUUCGCCUUAAAGAAUAUCUCAAAUAUAAAGAUAUUUAAACUAACAGAAAUAAUCUUUCCUUGCACAAGUUUCUAGGCUUUUGCAGACCUAGUUUUUGUCACAUGGACAGGAGUGGUAAUUACAGCCAAAUCAAUGGUUAAGUGAUGUAGAUAGAGGAGUAAAAAACUUCUUA